CUAUUGUUAGUUUUGUUCUCAGUUUGCCGUCAUUGAGUAUUAUUGUUCCUGUAAAAGUUGAUAUUUGCUGUAUAUUUUUCAAACAUCGAUUUGAUCCUAAUGGCUUUCGACUCUUAUGAGCUGUGUAUUUUUGCCAUCGCAUGUUGAUAUUUUAUUUUUUUUCCAAUUAAUGUGCCUGUUGUAAAUUAAGAUUAUCAACCAAUUUUGCUUGAGCAAACUCAACAACUGCGUUAAGGAAUAAAAAGUGUUAUAUGAUAAAUGAGACAUUUGCUUCAUUCAGACGUAUGAAAUGUAAAGCAUCUGUUUAUAAGUAAAUCAUUUGCUUAUAGUGUAUUUAAAGUGCAUCAGUUUUGCUGAAGAAGAAUUUAUGAAGAGCAUUAAAAUGCAGCCUGACUGAAUACAAGGGUGAAUAAAAAUGGAAGUGUAUGCAGACCUGUAGCUGAAAAAUAAUCAAAGCUAUCAUAAUGUCUGGAGGACCUCCACAUCAUCCUCAUGGCAGACAGCAACCUACAACUAACCCAGCAUGGAAUCACUUACAGGUUCCCAAUUAUUUCCCGAGUCGACAGUUACAACACGCUCACAUGUCAAACGAGCAUCCUCUCCUUCAUCAGCCAACUUGGCACACUCCAACAACAGAACCAGUAAAAACUGUGCCCCAUUCGCAUUUGUUCAACCUUGAGCAGAUGAUAAGCGAACGAUCAUUUCAAAGACAUGCUCCUGGAGUUGACUUGAGUCUCCAAAGGAACGGUAGCCAAAAUGGAGAAUUACCUACGAGUCCUAUUAGCUUAAGUGUACGGGACACCAAUAAAAUUAAUAGCCUUCCAGCUGGAGCCAUCGAUAUGCAAGCAGUUGAACUAACAAAAUCAUUAAGUCCAGGGAUAAAAUCGAUCAAUGCGGCAGCUGUUAAAGCAUCCUCAGGAAGUCCUGGAUUGAUGAUGAUUGGUAGUGCAGGACUGAAAUCGACAAGUCCUGGACUUAAAUCUGCCAGUCCUAGUAGUGCAAAGUCUACCAGUCCUGGCUUAAAAACCAGCAGUCCAUCAUUGAAAGUGGCGUCAGGAGGACAUGGUUUGUUAUCUACUAACCCAGUCAUUGUUUGUACCAGCACCAACCUGAUGAUGACGCCCACUUUACAAACUACCAGUUUUAGUAGUGGUAUUGGAUCUGCAUUAAGUUUAGGCUCCUCUUCCCAAAUGCAUUCUACAUUGGGAGGUAGUAAUCUAACUAUUACGCCGAGUUUUUUUCCCACAUUUGGUCCCAGUAUGAAAGCUACAGGUCCGUUAAGUCCGGGACAACAGAAUAGUCCCAAAAAUACGAAACGACCUACAAAAAGAGUGGAUUCAAUUAUUGAACGACUAAAUCCUGGGGUUGAUAAGGUGAUUUCUAGUUGUGAUAAAGUUACAAUGGACAAAACGGACACGGAAAGGGGGCAAGGUGUUAUUGUACAGCCGAACACGUGUUCGACCAAUGACGAGAACAGUAACUCGAGUAGUGUUAUGACGGGCGUGAGAGACGACGAAGUGGUUUCGCCUUAUAGCGCUAAUGAAGAUAGCAUGGACAGUAACAAGUCAAGACGCAAAAGAAAACCAUCCAAGACUGUUAAAGUUACGAAAGAAGAGGAGAAAACCAAGCCCGAACAUGAAAAUAAAACGGAUAACAACAACUUUUUGGGCAAACAGGAAACUUCGAAUGAUAGCAACAAAAAUUUAGGGGAUCAACUCGAAAAAGAUAAAGAACUGAAACGUAGGAGAUCUGGAAGUGCGCCUCCUGGCAGCCCUACGUUGUCCAAGAAGACGAGAAGAAAAACAUCCUCUGAAUCAGAAACUAUAGCGAACAUAGCUGCUAUGGUAGAACAAGCAGUCACAAUUGUUGCCCCUGUUACUAUAAAAACUGAAAAAGAAGACGUGGACGAUGAAGAAAGUCAGUCAACAGAAUCUCACGUGGUGCCAAGUGCAAAUGACCAGGAAGAACAAACAUCAAUUUCCGUUAGUGUUAUUCGCGAUUCGGCCAAGGACACUCGAACUAGUGAAAACGAUAAGGCUCCACCGACUUCACAAGGGCCAUCGGCUCGCAAUCAGUCCAACACUUGUACGCCUCUCCAUCCUGUUUCCGCGCAAAAGAGUUUCGUCGAAGUUGAAAACAAACUUCAGGAGAUGUUUGCAGGGAUAACUGACGAAACUGACUCUAAAGCAAAUUCGAAAAUAUUGGACUUUGCAGACGACUCUAAGACAACCUUAGAUCUGGAAGAAGGAAAGGCUGAAGAGAAUUCUGUGAAAGAGGACAGCGAAAAUAACAUUCCAAGUACAAGCAGUCAGCAAUCUACUGAAGUUGUGACCUCUACGUCGAACGACAUCUCUCCUAUAUCAGCAAGAAGUAACCAGAAAAACAGGAAACGAAGAAGUGGAAGUAGUAACCGGACGAAAAUAUCAGAGUCAUUACCAGUGGAAUCAUCUGUUCCCAAAAAGAAAAAAAGUAGCAAGAAAUCUAAAAGUUUAAAUAAAAAAGAAACGUCCGCUCCGACUGUUAAGUCAAACAAGAAACUUUUGAAUGGCAAACCUCUUCAAAAUAAAAUAGAAAAUUUCAAAGACGUUUAUGCCUACGACUCGAACAGUAACGCCAGCUCUAGCAAAUCAAGGGGACCAUUUAUUCAAAUACGUGGCCCCCGAGAUUCUCCAUUGUCCAUAAGCGUUAUAAAUGCGCCCUCAAACGAAGAAGAUGCCGAAAAAAAGGCACACAAAAACAAAAAAUACCAUGACGACAGUGAGUAUCGACACAAAGUUCAAUCUCGGGGGCUCCACUGCAGCACAUUGAGCACCAAAUAUGACGCUCAAACUCGAGAUGCUACUUGGAUCUGUGCAUUUUGUAAACGAGGGCCCCACGCAACCGAUCCCACUCUUCCAGGUCCUUCACCCUUCACCCUGUCUGACGCGAACGUUCCCCCACCUGGAGAUCUUUUUGGACCGUACAUUAUAACCAGUAAUUCGCCAGAAUUUGAAAGGAGAAUCGAUGAUCCAUUUGACAAGCAAUUUAGAAGUAAAAAGGUCGCCCGUGCGGUCGACGCUAUUUCAGCGUCCACGUCGAAGGGUAUUUCGAAAAAAUCUAAACGAAAGCACACUGACAGCACAGAGAAUUUCGUCGAUUCGGGAAACGUAACGUUAGGAAUUACCGAAACUAAAGACAGAACAUACGAGGUAUGGAUGCACGAGGAUUGCGUUGUUUGGUCGCCAGGGGUGUAUUUGGUGGGUUCGAAAAUUGUUGGAUUAGAAGAGGCCAUUUGGACUUGCUGUAAUGUGACGUGCAGCCGGUGUAGCUAUAAGGGGGCGAAUGUGUGCUGUGCAAAACGGGGAUGUACAAACGUAAUGCACAUCGGUUGUGCUCGGUUGGCUAAAUGGAGUCUCGACGAAGACACCUAUCGAGCUAUUUGUCCCGAACACACUGUCAUCAUCCAUUGAUACUUUGGCAACGUUUCUGUUUAAUGUGUAGGUAUUUUAUUCUGAAAAAGGUCCGCGUCUUGAAUUUGUAUAUAUACAGAGUGAUCAAUCGUUGCCGAAUAACUCUGUAGGACUGAAAACUGUUUUUGACUUUUUACAGGGAUAUGGACUUCCCUGUUAAGAAGCAUUGAUUGUCGUAAAAUGUAUCAUUUCCUUUUUUUAUUUUCAUCAGGUUAAUUAAAUUACACAUGACCUGAUAGAACUUAGUUUUGAAUGGUUUCUUUUGUAUAAAAUCAAGUAUAUGGUAAUCUAAUUAUUAUUCUCAUUUACUUUUAAUAGUUAGAAUGUUCGAUCGAUUGGAAUUAUUAUUUGAGCAGAUGAAAAGAAUAGCGCAUUUUUUAUUAUACAAAUACCAGCGAAGAAAGCGGUGGUUCAGAAUGUUUUUUUUUUUUCUAAAUUCUGCUUAUUUUAAUACAUCACUAAAAUAGACUUCUAGUAAAAAUAAAUAACAAUAAUAAUGGGCUACUUAUAUUUUCCUUUAUCUCAAAAUGACCUGAUAGAUUUUAUCUAUCAGUUGAUACGACACAUUUUUCUCUUAUUUUUAACGAGUACAUUGUAAAAUAAAAAUCAUUAUGUAAUAUUAAAAUAAUCUACUUCAAAAUUUGGCAAACGACUGCAUUAUCGAUUACCUUGAAUAACUAUUUUUUUUUAAACCAAUUUCAUACUAUCAGGUCUGAAGUUACGACUUGAACAAACUGUGAGACUUUUUUUAUGAAGCAGAGAUCGUGUAGUUAGUUUUUUCUAUAAUUUUUAAUUAAGGUAAUUCCGAUGAUUAUAUUGGAGGUAAUUAUAGACACACGAAGACCUGCUGUUUAGUUUUUAUUUGGUGAUAGUUUGACACUAUACAGAUAAUGCCAAAAAAAUACUGUAAAUAUACUAGGAAGAAAAAAGCAAGCAGAGUGUGUAGCAAAAGUCUGCAUAAUUGUAGAAACUGAAAUAUUAUUUAGCUGUGACUUUUGAUGUAAAAAUUGAUAACUGAUUUUUUUAUCACGAUCGUGCUUGAUUGAUUUAUGCUUUACUGUAUUUUUUUUUAGUGGUUACUUAUGUGCUAUGUACUAAAUUAUUGAAAAGAAAAAGUUUAGGAAAGUUUACUUUCUAAAACAAAAAUAAUGUUCACUUUUAUCAGUGCGAUAUUAUAACAACAAUAACAAUAAUAAAAAACACUGAAAAUCCA